AUGCACUGUGAGGGCUGCGCUAGAGGGAUCAAGCAUUCAGUGAAAGGAUUCCCGGGAUUGGAGGGAGUGAAGGUCGAGAAAGAGAGGAACGAAUUGCAUGUUUUGGGGAAAGUGGAUCCCCAAGAGCUUCGAAAUCAUGUGAUGGCCAAGACUCAUAAGUUGGUUGAGAUCGCCUCGUCGGGACGUGCGCCGAAGAGAACGGGGGCCAGCAGUUCGAAUAGAAAAGAGUUUGCGGCUUCAACUGCGGUGCUCAAGAUUACUACUAUGGACUGCUAUGGCUGUGCUCAACGAGUCAAGCAAGCUCUUCGACAAUAUAAAGGGGUUUAUCAGGUGAGCGUGGAUGCCGAUGCGGAAUUGGCGAGUGUAACAGGAACAAUGGACGUGGACUCACUGCCGGCGUACCUCAAGCAUAAGCACCAAAUUAACGCUGAGAUUGUUCAG